UGUGUUUGAGGUAGUUUAGUAUUUCUUAAGCAUUUGUGAAAUGCCAGAUUUCCCUCUUGGGACAAAUUAAGCUCUAUCAACCUAUCUAUCUACAAGGAAAUUCGCACUUACAUGUCUAAUCAGAACAGCUGACAAAAAUAUAAUAUAAAAAUAAAUAAACAAAGUAUGUUUUACGUGGAAGACGUGGCGGAUUUACGUUUGUGCGACAUGGACGGCAUUUUGCAGGGCGCACCCUGCAGCAAAACAAUUCGGGGAUGCAAUUACAGCCUGGGUUGGUCAAGCCAUUAGAAGCGCCGCUUUGGAAAGCUAAGGGGCGCACCCUCGGUAAAGUCCGCGUUUUGUACACAGAGGUCGUCGAAGUCUAAAACCCACAACCCACAAUGGAAACCUAGAACGCCCCCCAACCUCGCGCUUCUGUCUCUGUCUCCGUCUCUGUCCCCGUCCCAUCGCCUAGGUCUCCACAUGGCUUUCAUCUGCACUGAAUGAAACAUUCAUUUAUGAAUACUGGAAGAAGGGCUGAAAAAUCUGAGCGCUCAAAGAAACGGGCAGGCAGACAACUUACUAAAAUCCACGUUUUCUAGUCUGCUUCUUGAACUGUGAUUGUGUAAAGGCGCUAUAUAAAAAAAAAUGUAACAUCAGUAGUAUUAAGGGUAGCAGAAAAAUGCACAUCCACAUCGGUCUAACUGAAAAGCGGCAGAGCUCUUUAGACCAACUGCCUGUAAAAAUGUUGUUCUGCAGCUAAUGUUGAAGAAACGAAGAAAGGCGCAUGGAGACACCAAAGAGAAAAGAUCAUUAAUAUUACCAGCGCCCUCUAGCGAACGACACUCAACACCACAGGCAGUGCUGAUCGUCUCUGAAGCGUCUCGGCAGAGAGCCGACAAGCACCGAAACAACAGCGCGAGGAGUGCCCGUAGCGGCGUGCCGGAACUUUUCGGUUCUUAUUUUCAACUUGUUUGAAUUUUAAAGUACAGCAGAAAUAACGGACACCGGAUAGAAAAUUAAAAGAGCGGAAAUCUAGUCGGGGGUUUAGAAGAAGAAGAAGUAGAAAAGAAGAGAAAUAAUAAGAUGAACUCUGGCAGCGGAGACAACGUCAACGUCCCGAAGACUUGGGAUUUGGAGCCGAUCUGCUCAUCCUCUGGUCACUCGGAGUGCAGUUCUGAUCUCAUGUCUUUGGAAGAAGAUAAGGAAAUUGCAUCCAAAGCAGUUCUACUUGUCAUCAACAGCGCCAGAAAGGGAGCCGUCUGCCUGUGCUCUAAUAUAGCGGAGCUCCUUCGGGAUAACCAGCGUUUACAGAAGACGGUCGAGGCCCAGAGGCGAUUAAUCAAGUUGUUGAAGAAGACGCCGCCUGCUUUACGGAGCCACGUUUCCCCGAGCUCUCAGACUGCACCUUCUUCCAGCUCCUCUUCCUCCAUUGUGUUCUCCACCACUGAGGACCUGUGGUCUUCCUCAUCUGGAUCAGCACAAGGCGAGAGGCGCAGCCCUGGCUCCAUCACACUCCCACCCCUUGCUGGUGAGCAGCGCUUGGUGGACUCCUUGGCCAGAUCUUCACCUUUAAGUAAACCGCUUGAGAAGCCAACACAUCCAGCAGCAGUUGCCAGUAUUUCAGAAGUUGCCAGCGCCAGCGUCAGGUGCCCAUCGAGAUCUCAGAGCCAGCAGAGGAGAAGGGACUGCCAGACUGCCGAGCAGGAAGGCCUGAGGAUGUGCCAGAUGGGAGCGCCAAGACCUCCUUCGACUGAUGAAAAUGUCUCCGGACAGAAUUUAAAGCUGGAAGAGGGUCCGAGUGGUGCAGAGGACUUCACUACAGAAGAGGCGGCAGAAGAAGUGGGCCUUGGGAGUGAAGCAGAGCAGGCCGGUGUAGAGGCUUCUGGCAGGGCAGAGGCUCCGCUGAAGGACAUCGGUGGGCAAUAUGCAGAAAGAAAGAAGCCUUUUCUGAAGCUGGGUGAGCGCGUGGUGCUGGGAAGAGGACGGAAAGGAGUGGUGCGCUUCAUAGGCCAGCUGGAGAGCAUAAACAGCAAGGAGAUUUACGUCGGCGUGGAACUAGACAUCCCCUGUGGCGAAAAUGAUGGAAAGACAAAGGGGAAAAGAUAUUUCACAUGCCGGCCGUACCAUGGCACCUUCGCUCAAAUGUCAGCCGUCAAGUCUUGCAAACCGCUAGCAGCUGCUGGCUGCACUCCCAACGGUCCUGACACAAGUGACUCAGAUGAAGGCGGCAGCAGCAGCACCGACACCAGAAACGUCAAGAGGAUACUCCGAAGGACCAGAAACCAGAUGAACAUCAACUCACCGGUUCGGUGUAAGCAGCCUCCAGGUGCCAAUGAGCAGACGUCCGAUCAAGGAUCUCGAAUCCCCCCUUUAGUCGACUCCAAGGGACUUCCGAAAAUGAGCCCCAUUGUUUGAAGGUGGCAGCAGGGCCUUCACGACAUGUUUACUAGCUAGAGGAGUUUGGCACACUUAGAACAGAAAUCCUAGAGCAAAUUUUUCUGAGCACGGUGGGGUACAUCACCCCA